ACCUCAGCAACCAAUAGUUCACUCCCUUUUAUUUCUAUUACCGAGAGCAUAACCUUGAUAUGCCAAUUCCUACCUUCCUCCUUGCUGCAGCCCUCUUGGCUUUGACAUGCUUUCAUGCCACUGCCGCCUCUGAUCCAAGUCUUCUCCAGGACUUCUGCGUCGUGGAUAAGAUGUCUAAAGUGCGUAUCAAUGGAUUCCCAUGCAAGGAUGCAAAGGAUGUUGUAGCUGACGAAUUCUUCUUUUCGGGUCUUCACUUGGCCGGCAACACAAGUAACAAGCAAGGCUCUGCCGUCACACCAGUCAAUGUCGCUCAGAUUGCCGGGCUGAACACCAUGGGCAUCUCUCUUGCACGUAUUGACUAUGCACCCUAUGGUCUUAACCCACCUCACACACAUCCACGGGCCACAGAGAUCCUGACAGUUCUUGAGGGCUCCCUCUAUGUCGGUUUCGUCACAUCAAACCCAGACAACAAGCUUUUCACAAAGGUUCUUAACAAAGGUGAUGUAUUCGUGUUCCCUGAGGGCUUGAUCCAUUUCCAAUUCAAUUAUGGAACAAACAGUGCCGUCGCCCAUGCAGCAUUGAGCAGCCAAAACCCUGGAGUGAUAACUGUUGCCAAUACUGUAUUUGGGUCGAAGCCAUCCAUCUCGGAUGAUAUCCUUGCCAGGGCUUUUCAAGUGGACAAGCAGAAUAUUGACCGCAUCCAAGCUCAGUUCUAGAGAACAUCCAAAAUAUAUAUAUCAGUUUAUUAAUAAUGAAUCGAUUGAUGGUUCUUAAAUUCUUUAGUUGUGUUCUGUUCUGUAA